AUACAAGAAAAUCGGUGUUUCUGAGCACUGAUGAAAACUUGGAAAAGAAGUGUGUUACAUGGAUCAAAUGAAUUUUAUGGAUGAAGUGUGCUAUAAGUAAAAGGAUGACAGCCUAGGCAAGGCAACAGGUUGUCUGUAGCUCUUCUACAGCAAACUUUCACAAGAAUGUCGAUUAAAGCAUUCCUGUGUUUUCAACUUUUCAGAGGGUCUCAUGGAUUUCUCGGGUUCCUUGCACGAAAGAACUUUUUUGAUUUUGUUAAAAUACAAAUGUGAUAUACAGACAACGACCGUACCAAAUCAUGUGAAUGCAUGGAUCAGUUUCCAUCGUGUUCAUUCUCUUAUAAAUUGCCCCACACCCGAGAUGUGUGUGUUCUAUAUAUCUCUUGGGGAGACACACGCAAACAGAUGAAUUCUUCAAUGAAGUUCUUCAAGGUUUUGUUGCCUGGUUUCAAGUCUAAAUUGUGGCUGCCGCCAGCUUUCUGUGCAAAUGCAAGUGGAGAAUUUUCAGCAGAAGCAGCGGUGACGACCCAGCUAGGAACCUGGAAAAUUGAAGUCGGAAAAUGUGGGGAAAAAUUUUAUUUCCACGGCGGCUCCUGGAACAGGUUUAUCCAGGGCCAUGAGCUGAGCGUCGGGGACUUCAUUGUGUUUGAGCAUUCCGGCAACAUGCGCUUCAGUGCUACGUUGUUCGGCCUGUCUGCUUGCGAGAAAACAUUUCCACCGAACUCCACAGUGCCUCAAAAUGAUGAAAAACAGGUCGAAAGUUGGACUAACUCAUCUCACUGCCGUCGGAUGCCUCCUUUCAGGAAGACCAUAGCGGCUUAUAGCUUGAGUGAUCAUCGUCUUUCUGGACAACCUCACUUGUACAUUCCCGUGGGGAUUUGGAGGCCAAACGAUAUGCACAAGAAAGAAAGUGCAAUUCUCAGAAUUCGAGGUUCUGACCAGAGGGAAUGGCCAGUGAAGUUGAGAUUCUAUAAGGACCCUAGCCAAGGGCGAAAGGACCGGCUUGUAAUGACCAAGGGUUGGCGAGAAUUUUGUUCAUCAAACAACAUCAAGAAAGGAGACGAUUGCACCUUCGAAAUCAUGGAUACGGCUUUUGGAGAAUCCAAUGAUGUUGUCAUAAUGAAUGUAACAAUCCAUGCUAAGUAAUUAGAAGACCA